UCGCGAGGCGAGUGCCGCGAGACGGCCGGCCAGUAUCGUCGAGGCGCGCGUCCCGUCGCGAUCGUCCAACCCUUCGAACGUUGUCGCACGCCACUCCGCCAGCACGUACGUCGCUGCACGCGAACAUUGCGUGCAAACACUUGGGGACACUUUCGAGGAUACGGCGCGGUCUCCUCCCUUUAAUAUCCGAUCGAGGUGUUCGUGGAUGUGGAACCGCAAUGGAACGACGCUUCGCGAGGGAUUCGCGAAUGUAACAACACGGCGUCGCCGGGACUCUGGAUAAAUGCGGAAUCCUGCGUGGAGAACGUUAUAAUUCCGCGACGAGAAUCAUCGCCUGAAAUAGACGAAGCUCGAGACUCUCGUCGUCUCUGUCAACGAGUCGACGACAAUCUGCGGUCGGAUUCUUGUACGAGUUCUCGCCGAGUUUCGCAAAUUAUACAUCCUGGGAAUCAGUUACGCGACAGAAAGUUUUAUAUCGAUCGCAAACAUCGGACGAACUUUCUUUCAGCCCGCGUCUCGCGAAUCUGGGAACUUUCCAAGGAGGCGCAAUCCGCCAUUUCCUUCAUUUUUCGCUGAAAUGCUCUCGGCUAUGAACGAGCAAUUUCACUUUAUCCACGAUAAACGCCACAGUGCUACGAUCAUCGGAAAAGUAUCACAAAAGUUUCGAGCCAAUUGAAAAUUAAAGAGAUCCCCGGAAACGCCCGCGCACGGAAGUGGAGGCAGAGGAAAGUGAGAUUAUUCUUCGUUCCAACAGCGUAUCAAUAACGAGGAAGGAUUGCGAACGAUGUCAUUGUAGUGCAAGAAGAGCGGCUGCCGCGUCGCGCAUCCAGGGAUAGACACAAGAAAUGCUUAAAGAUUCAGUCACGAAUAUCAUCAAACGUCUAAUUGAUGCCACGCAAACAUUUUAUUAUAGCGCUGUGAGUGCGAAAGCUUUCCCGCCCUUGUGAUCGACCGUAUAGCGCGAAAUCGUAAAAAAGCUACAGUGGAGCGUAAUCUUUCUAUUUGCGUGAGACUCAAUGGGGAAACUUGGUUGGAAAACUAAUUUGUUUGAUGCGCGGUACAACAACGUGCAAAGUAACGCUGAAUUAUGAGCGAGAAUUAUCCCAGAUGGAAUAUAAGUUUGACAAUUUGAAACCUUGCAAAACCGCGUAUCCAUUAGGCGCUUCAUCGUACAACAGACGUGGAACUUUUUCCCUCUGGUAAGUAACCGCGGUACACAACGAACACGUCUGUGUGCAAAUUCCAGUGGUUGUGGCAUUCACCGGCUCCUCGGUGCUUCCCGUCGACGAGGAGCGCAAAAACCGUCUUGUCAUAAAACGGCAAGCGAAUUUCACGACGACGCAUCAACGAUGCUUUAGUAAUCAUUAAACUUGGACCGAACGACAGCAGAGCCAGAUACGCCAGAUACGGUUAGAGCGCAACGUCGGCCAAGAUUAAACGCAAAACUUCCAUAAAGUCGUCGGGAAACCGUCACACGGACUCACCCCACCGGGAGAUCAGCGUAAUAAUCAACGAACCUUCCGAUUUUCUCUCUCCUCGUGGCGGAGGCUGACGAGUCGACGAUCGAAAAAAGAAAAACCUGCAACGACGACUCGCAGCGGCAUUCGCGGAAGAAAGAGGAGCGAGUCAUAUCACACAUCGUGACUUCGCUGAUAUCGCCAAAAGGAAAAAGACACGAGUAAACGCGCCGCGAGGACAAUGAAGCUUCCGGCGGCAAGGGCAGCGGCGGGGGCGAUCGAUUGGUGGUCCAGGAUGCGAUCGGAUUCUGCCAAGAGCGGCCGCGCGUGAAACGCGAGCGGAAACGAGCUUGGAUAUCGAAAUCGAAGUCACUGGCAGUUACUGGCGCGUGUUACCCGACAGUUUAAUCGGCAAAGGGAUACGCAGUAUCCCAUCGAUACGAUCGGCGGACCGUAUCGCAGGCGGAACUAAUGAGAUGGCCCCUCGCACGAAAGUACGAUCAUUACGACAAAGUCGAUAACCAGGAAAAUGAGCUCGAAUUAACGGUCUCCGUAAUCAAGCGGCCGCGGCGCAUUCCCUACCCUCCAUCGUGCGAUCCUCGAUCGACGAUUCUCAAUUAAGAUUGGUCGGACGGAAAAACGAUUCGCCAGCGACGCGUAAUUCGGCGCGAUGCGGCACGUCGAAAUUAAAAGCUCGUAUUUCCGACGCCGGUAGCUACCGGCACGGCUUUCACGGAAGAUCGACCUUGAAUUGAAAGAAUCCGGAAGGCACCACCGUAAAACGUAACUCGCUAACAACCGUCGCUAGCGACCGUCCGGAAUACGAUCGAUGGAUAUUUCUCGACUCGUUCGACACAAUUUGGAAAUCGUUUGCAAACUGACACGUAGUCCGAGUGGAAAAUUUGUGCGUCUGGACGAUGCCUCGACCGUCGUAGCACGUUCCACACCUACACGCAUCUACACGAGAGUAGACGCAAUGCACGUUCCGGCAUUACGUCGACACGGUCGUAAAAGUUUGCCCGAGUUGCUGGUUGGCGGGUGUGCGCGCUUGACAGGAAUAUGUAAGUUAUUCGCCGUGAGGACCAACCCCGGUAGUUUCUAGUCACAGCGAAUCUUCAUCUUUCCCCAAUUAAAUGCAGAGAGAAUCUCACGAACGUCUCAAGAAUUCUUUAGCUUCAAGAAUCGAGAACAAACCGGAUGUGCCCAAAAGUCGAUCGAAAGAUACCAGAUAUUCCGCUGAGGUAUUCUUUGUGACGCCCGAUUCAAUGUUACGCGACCGUGUCGAGGAUUACCAGUUGUCAGGUACGCGAAACAUCCCGAGGAGAAGGGAAAGAGAAAAUCGUAUAUUCCGGUCGAGUGUGCGGCGUACCCUUUGAGAUCAGGAAGGCACCAAGUUGCCGACAAACUUAACACGGUAACACGGGCUGCAUGAGCGAACGUAGAAGAGAGUGAAUUAAAAAUUUCGUUCUCGUGUUGCUCUCGACAAAAGUCAACGUAGAGUACACGUGAUUCGUGAUGCAGAGUCUCGACGACGUAACGACGUACAACUCGACGUCUCACCUUUGGAACGCGACGGCGACGUCGUUAUGGUUCGACAACGACACCUAUCACAACGGCACCAAUUACACGGACCUGGAACUGCGAAAUCAAUUCGUGCUGCCGUGGUGGCGGCAGAUGAUCUGGACGCUCCUGUUCGCGGUCAUGAUCACCGUGGCCACCGGCGGCAACCUGAUAGUGAUAUGGAUCGUGCUGGCACACAGGCGGAUGCGCACCGUCACCAACUACUUCCUGGUGAAUCUUAGCAUCGCGGACGCCAUGGUGUCCACCCUGAACGUUACUUUCAACUACACUUACAUGCUCAACAGUCACUGGCCAUUCGGCAUGCUAUAUUGCAAGAUCUGCCAGUUUAUCGCCGUUCUCACGAUAUGCGCGAGCGUCUUCACGCUGAUGGCGAUAUCCAUCGAUCGAUAUAUGGCCAUUGUGAAUCCUCUGAGGCGGCGUAUGGGGAAAAAAGCAACUCUGUGCGUUGCGAUUAUUAUAUGGAUCGUUGGAGCGAUCCUCUCCCUGCCGAUGCUGCUCUUCUACACUACUUAUACCCAAAACUUUAUGAAUGGCGAGGUCCGCGUCAUUUGCUACAGCGAUUGGCCAGACAGAGACGACGACGGGCUCAGUUACGACGAAUAUCUGUACAAUGUCGUCUUCAUGAUAUUGACAUACUUUUUACCGAUCGGAUCCAUGACGUUCACGUACGCCAGAGUUGGUCUGGAAUUGUGGGGCUCGCAAAGUAUCGGGGAAGCUACAGCGAGGCAGCUCGAGAAUAUUCGAAGCAAACGAAGGCGUUUCAGCGAAAAUUCCCCACUGUGCAACGCCAACAAUCACCAUAGUAUAAUUGGAUGUAGCACUCGAUGUAGAGCACUCGAUGUAUCGACGCAAACAAGCUCUAUUUCUAAUUCAAUAGGCACGGUGCGAAUACCGCUGCACCUGCAAUCAAUGAGAGGCGGAAACGACCGGCUGUUGGCACAUCAUCGCGGUCACGCCAGGAAAUGGAGGACAUCGCAGGCCAGGGGACACGUAUCCUGACAGGAGGAGGAAAACUCUCAGCAACGAGUACAUACCUGGAUAUGAAAAUAUCUUUUAGUGGCGCCUCUUUUAGCGGUGUCUCGAUUCGCCGAUUGACUCGUACGCGAUUGCGUUUCCACUUGCAACAAGUCUUGGAGGAGCAAGCGAUUUCUUCUCGAUCUCGUUCUCAUCUAGUCCUCAUCAAAAAGACGAUCAAUUUGUUCCAUAAGUCGAGUUUCUAGUUCUGACCAAUAGAGACGACGAAGAUAUCUGUGUUAUUGUAACCCAAGCAUAUUAUCCAAAGAUAUUAUCUCAGCUGACUGUCGUUUGACUAUCUCCUUUGGCGUAUCAGUCAUGUCAUAUCGUUCAUAGUCAUAUGAAAAACUAACGGACCAAUAUUGUGUCUAUUGCAAUUUCCAUAACGUUAAUGCACAAUGUACUUGAAAAAAGGAAAAAAAAAGAAAGAAUCCGGCACUUUACGAUUCGCGGAUAAUGAAUGUUAGAAAAAUGUAAUGCUUAUAAUCUAUAGGGCGUAAAUGUUGGUGAUAUCACGCGUAAUGCCAUUGCGUAAAUUAUUGUGUUUCCUAAUGCACCGUGUGCAUUAAGAAUUCUCUUUAAAAAAGAAAACAGAUCAACUAACGAAUCAAGAUAAUCAAAUCAAAUUAAUCAAAUUAACAUUCAACCUUAUUGAAACGAACGACGCUUCUUCGAUCGAUGAGCCUAAUGAUUAAGAAAUCACGUUCACGUAAAUGUGUAAAAUUUUCUUUAAAAGCAUCAUUUCUCAAAGGCAGCUGCAAUAAGCAGUAAUUUGUUUUGUUAAUCAAUAAACAUUAUUAAUUAUGUGAUUAUAUAAAGUGCGCAUUAGAUGUGGUUGUGAAUACGUGAAUAAUCUACAGUAAAAUAGUUAACAAAAUUGUUAUAGUGCUGCUGCUCUCUUUCUCUCUCUCUCUCCCCCUUUUUCUCACUUAUAAAAAUAAUUCCUAAAUCACUUUCUCAUAAUUUGUGAAUUUCAAUUCAAUGUUUCAUUUAUUCGCGAGGUAAAAUCGCUAAUGCAACAUAUUUUUACUUAGCGAUAAGUGAUAAGUGAAAUUACAAUCUCGAUAAAUUACAGUUUCAAUAAAUUUUAAUAAUUUAAAUCUCUUUUAUAUUAUAUUUCAUAUAUUACACGUACUUACGUUACAAAGUUUUUAUCAUUUUUAUCUUGUGCCGACAUUGUAAUACUAUUUAGUAAGACAUUUUUAAAGAACUGCGCUGCAACGUUUUGUUUUACUUUGUGCAUUCCAUCUUAAUCUAAGCGAGAGAUAAGACGAUGUUAAUAAAUUUAAGAAAAAUGUGCAAUGUCUUCAUGACGCAUGUUCCGUUGAAAUUUUCCGUUGAAGGUAUCGUCUCAGCAUGCAAGAAAUACUCUGGGAAAACAAACGCUUUUUAAAAUACGAUUUAGGUGUAUAUAUAAUACACAAUUAAUACACAUAGCGUAAUUGUAAUAAAAGUAGAUUAAAAUAAAAUAACACUCAAAACGAUAAUUAUUUGCAGAUUAUAACAAAAGACGACAAUUAUAACAAAUAAAGUUAAAAACUGUGAGGAUACGAGUGUAUCUCUCCGUUUUCAUAUCUCUGGAUGGUUUCAAGUAAUUCUUAUACUAAUAACGCGUACGAAAUAAUAAUAAUAAAUACGAGAUACACCCAGAACCAAGAAAUUUUGCAUACUACAAGCGUGUUGUGAUACUUGUAACUCGCUUUUUAAAGUUGAUUCCAUAUACAUGUAGGCAAAUAAGGAAUAUCAUUUAAAACUGUUGUCAAAAAUUCGAUAAACCUGCAUAUAUUGCAAUCCGAAGGAAAAGUUACGAAAUUAUUCUUUUAGUUUAUCUUAUCCUGUAAAAACGCAGUACUGAUCAUUAUUUCUCUAUACAUUAUUGUACAAUAUAUAGAUAUAUACAUACAUAUACAUAUAUAUAUAUAUUUAAUAUCCAUUAUCCAAUAUCAGACCAGUAUAAGACAGAACGUAAUUAUUAAUAAUCAAUCUUCGAAGCUACACUACCGAGGCUAUAAAGUAUAAUGCAAGAAUAUAUAACGCAAGAUAUAUAGUCUUUGCACAAUCAUACAAAAAUUGGCUCGAAAUUCGAACGCAUCGAAACGAAAUCUAUCGAGCUAUUUUCGUUCGUUGAUAUAGCUUCGUUGUACCUGUAAUCAUCUCAUUGUACCCUGGAAUGCGUAAAUAAAACAUCCUAUUUUUUAUGUGA